UAACCGUUUGUUCCGGUAUAAAUAGUCGAUAUAUGUUCUUCCACCGCAAGGGGACGGAUUGGGAUUGUUUGAGCAACUCGCGUAAUCGUUCACCUCUUGCCAAUUGCAAAUCAAAAUAUGGAGACAAUUAAAGUGGUGGCGCUCUGUGGUUCCAUUCGUCAAGCCUCCUACAACCGCGGCCUCAUUCGUUCAGCGAUUGAGAUAAGCAAGGGAUCUAUCACCGGCGUUGAAAUCGAGGACGGCGACAUCACGGCGCUGCCGAUGCUGGACACCGAUCUUGAGGACGGAGAGAGAUUCCCACCGGAGGUCGAAGCAUUCCGGCAGAAGAUUUUAGAGGCUGAUAGCUUUCUCUUCGCCUCUCCCGAGUACAAUUACUCUGUCUCUGCACCCCUGAAAAACGCUAUCGACUGGGGAUCUAGACCCCCUAAUGUGUGGGCUGAUAGAGCUGCUGCUAUUAUAAGUGCUUCAGGAGGAACUGGCGGUUCAAGAUCUCAAUACCAUCUGCGCCAAAUCGGAGUUUGUCUCGAUCUUCAUUUUAUCAACAAGCCUGAGCUUUUUGUUGAUGCAUUCAAUCCUCCGGGUAAAUUUGAUGAAAAUGGCGACUUGAUUGACGAAGAGACCAAGCAGAGACUAAGAAAAGUUCUAUUAUCAUUGCAGAGUUUUACUUUGAGACUCCAAGGAAAAUCAAAGUUGCACGUGUAAAUCUCGUGCUACAAGAAACUUGCUGGCAAUGAUACUGAUGUUUUAUCUGAACUACUAUUCAUAUUCAGUUUGGUUGCAUUGUUUUGAAUGCCAAAAUAAAUGAGAUUCAAGGUAUUUGGCACUGAAUUACCUGAAUAAAUCAACAAGUUGCAACAGGUUCAGCAUAAUUUUACUGA